CUCCACUUUCAAAAGCGACAUGAAAGACAAUGUGUUCCUGACCUCAGUGUCCAAUAGGUUCGGAGACCGCAAACGGAGGUUUGGCAAUAAGAGAAGAGGACACUCGAUAUCUUCCAGAGUGGUCGUGAGCUCGUUUAAGAUGUAUGAAGAGAAACCUAAGAAGUUCCCUUCGAUAAAGAAAAAUAUGGAACCAACCACUAGGAGAAAGGUAGUCAGGAAAUAAUGACAGCAGGUUAUUCACAGCUUCCAGCUCCAAGAGUCUCAAGCUCCUCGAGCACCCAACGCCAGACUCCUACAGCACUGGCCAAAUUCCAACAAAUUACAUCACAUCCCUAAAAGUCCUUCGCAACAACCUCAAAUACAUUAAGAACAAAGAAAUAAUUCAACCUCCCCCGUAUAAGCCUACUCGGACGCCAAGAGAGUUCCCUACAACUGUUCUAGAAGCCAAGUUGCAUAAGCGGGUACAAGACAUCUUCAAUGAAAAUUGCCCAAAAGAAGCUGACAAUGCCCAGAUCAAGGGAAAUAAGGAAAAAGAGAAAGAAAAAGAUGAAGAGAGAGAGAAAUCUGGAGAAAAAGUUCAACAGAAUGAAUAUGCCAAAGGAGCUAUGUUCAAAUGGCUCAAAGACCCGAGGAUUUUAAAAUUAGUUGAUGCUGAGUUCCAAAAGUCAGAUCACUUCAAGCGAAAAUAGCAAACAAUAUUUUGAGUUAAUGAAGAAAAAGGAAACAUUAAAAUAGACUAACUGAUAUUUAUAAAUAUGAAAAGAUUAAAGUCACUGUAAGCCCUGACCUCGUUGCAAAGGAAGCAGCUCUUGACCUCCAAAACAUUGAAAGAGUAGAUAAAGUCUGCGAGGAAGGACAAUAUACCCGGACGCUCUACUAUAUGAUUCAGAGGGAGAAAACUUCAAUCAAGUUUAAAUCAAAGAGGAUCCUAGGACUCAAAGACGAGCUUAGAUAUCUUGACUUCGUCUAUACAGCAGCUGAUACAUGUAUUAGAGAGAAGGAUAGAUUCAUAAACUUUCCUACUCCUGCUAGCAAUGAUAUUAUAGUCACGAAGCCAGAGAAAACUCGAAAGUUUACUAACAAAGAAAUGUUCAAAAGUACUGAAAUGAACUUAUUCCUCUCCCAAAUCUUUCAAAGAUUAAAACAAGAGGUGAAACUCUAUGUAAAAGAUGAAGAAUUACUCAGAAAGAAGGAGAUUGAAGCUAAAGCUGAGAGAAAGAAGAAAAAGAAUAUCCAAAAUAUGCACAAAACUGUCAGAGAUCAUGAUAAAUUAAUGUUCUAUCAAGAAAAUUAUAACCAAGAUAUUCAUCGCAGAACUGGUAUCAAAAUGCUUGAAGAUAUUGUCGAAGCUGUUAAAAAUAAAGAUACACCCAUGAAUCGUACUGAUAGUGGUAAUACAGGCAGUCUCAGUCCUGACCAUCUGAACCUCCUGAAGUCAGGUCUGGGUUCUCCAGCUCUGUCGGCAAGAGCCACUAAUAUGAACAGUGACAUGAUCGCAGUGACCCAACUUGAUAGCAAGCAGAGCAUGAAGGACACUGAUGGCAACCUCGAAGACAUCCGCAAGCUCGAGGGUAUUUCUACAAGCGAAGAAGUCCGCAUGGUCCAGGAAACCUUGCACGAGUUCAUUGAAAAGCAGAAGAAGCUGAAGCUCUUGAAGCAGCGGCUGGCUGGACUUGAGAAGGACCGGAGAGAUAAGAAGGCUGAUGUGUACGCAAAAGUGCUUGGGAGAAUAUACGAAAAGAAUAAGUGCCUAGGCGAGGAGUCUGGAAUAGGCUCUGGAGUGCUAAAUUUUUCACCAAAAUUAUUAGCCACAGAGCAAAUGAGAGACGAAGAGAAUGUUGCAAAUGGACGUAAAGGUUAUAUUAAGCAACAUGAUCCUAUUAAAACAGGCUCUAGAGAAGACUCUGAGGAGGAGAAAUAUUCUAGUGCUGUUUCUGAGACAUCACAGCAUAAUCAAGAUAAUAAAAAACCUGAAGUAGACAAUAAGAUAUCCGAUCCCCAAGACUUCUUUAAAGCAAAAUCUCAUGUCUACAGUACUAAAAUUUUAACUAUCAACGAUGAGGUAGAGAGAGUUUUAUUAAUCUCUCAAAGAGAGAAAGAAGAAUCCAAGAAGAAACUUCUAAAAGCGAAAGCUCUAGUAAAUGCAGCAUGAGGAUUCAUCGAGCGUAUUUGCAAAGAUAUCAGGAUAAAUACUAGUUAUGAAAGAGGUACCUCCGAUAUGGGUCAAAGUAAUAAUCCUGAUGCAAUGUUGCCUGCAUCUAGAUAUCGAUUGACAUCAAAGGAAUCCACCUUCCCCAAUAGCCGGAAGUCAGUGUGAAGCUAUAACAUCAGUGAGUAUAUGAGUCUAUGAGGGCUCAAGUUUGAAAAGUUGAUGAGGAACAAUUCUUAA